AUGAUCGGGUCGCAGAGGUCUGGAUCGAAUUGGCUGCGGACGAUGAUGGACGAGCGCGAGGACAUCGCGGGCCCGCACCCGCCGCACAUCUUUGACAACUUCGUGCCCAUCCUCGACAAGUUCGGCGACCUGGGCCGAGCGACCAACAGGAAGGUCCUCGUCGAUCAUGUGCUGACUUUCGUCGAACGAAACCAGGUGCCAUGGACCGACAGAAAGGGUCGCCUCCUCACCUUCGACCGGGACCAGGUCUUCCGCUCGGUGGAGCGGGAGGCGGAUACGGAUGCCUUGUCUGGGAUGGAGAUCCUCAUGGUCAUAUUCAACGAGGUCUACGACACCCAUGCGAGAGCCAAUUUCAAGAGAACAUGGUUGUGUAAGUCCAUGGGGAUGUCGAGGUACCACGAUACGCUGCUGAAGUUCUACGGAAAGGAUCGCCUUCGUUACAUUUACCUGGUUCGCGACCCGCGCGACGUCGCCAUGUCGUUCAUGAACACUCCUGUCGGUGAUUGCCACUACCACGCGAUUGCCACCAAGUGGGUGGGGCUCCAAGAGAGUGCUCUGAAGAUCGCCGACGCCUGCCCCGAUAUGGUGCACGUGCUCCGCUACGAGGAUCUGCUGCAGGACAAGGCUCGUGCAAUGAAGAGUCUCUUCGCGUUCGUCGGCAAGGAGUGCUUCGCGAUCACGAGACAGAUAAGCUCCUCGUCCGUGUUGGCGAUGCGGGACCUGGAGGCCAAGUGUGAGGACGCCAGGUCUGGCACCGAGUCGAAAAAGGCGGCGGGGUUAUCGAAGCAAUUUUGUAACCUGACUCUUGGCGACGACUUCGCGAAGGGCCAGUUUGCGAAGUGGCUCCACGGCGCGCCGCCCAUGCCCACGGACGACGUGAUUCUCGUCGAGAACGUGACGUGGGACACGAUGCAGCGCUUGGGUUACAUGCCGAGCAUCGUGUCGGUGACGCAGGACCCCGCAGCCUACUCGAAGAGUGAGCUGGAGACGUUUGAGAAGCUGAACAGGAAGGGGAUCGAAAAGAUGAACGCCGACCUGGAGGAGGAAGAUCCCGAAGACGCACGCCGCCGGAGAUCGUCGGCGGAGGUGCUCGCCUUACCGCCGGAGCUUAUCCAGAAGCAGAUGAAGCGGAGGAGUGCGAGCUCUGCGCGGCUGCUGGAGCAGGUGGCGGCUGAUGGGCUCACAAUCGAGAUCCCGGGAGGCUUGACCUUGCGCUGCGCGGCGUUGUCGCAGGCGGGGGACCACCCCAUCAAGAGGCUCCCGAACCAGGACGCGUUCACCCUGACGGAGGGCCGUGUCGGCGACGCGCAGCAGUGGCUCGCCGUCUAUGACGGGCACGGGCCGCUCGGCCGGGAGUGCGCCGCCUUCGCCCGCGAACACCUUUGCGACGCCGUCGCCGACCGCCUGGGGCGCGGCGCGGCCGGCCAUGUGGCGGCCGCGGUUGAGCAGGCCGAGGACGUUGGCGCUGCUCUGAAGGCGGCGCACGCCCUCGUCGAUGACAUGCUGCGCGAGGACGAGUCCAUCAACGACCAGGAGUCCGGGACCACGGCGAUCUCCAUGUACGUCAGCCGCGACCGCUGCUACAUCAGCAACGUCGGCGACAGCUGCUGCUUCCGCGGCCACGCGGGCCCAGGCGGCCAGCUCGUCGCGGAGCCGCUUUCGGAGGCCCAGGACGCCAGCCGACCUGACGAGGCGGACAGGAUCAGGAGCUGCGGCGGGAUGAUCGCCACUGCAAGCCAGGUGGACGGCUCCGAGCCUAUGGACCCAGGCAUCGAGCCCACCACCGAGCCCAUGGAUGACCGGACUGGAGAUGGCCCACCACCGCGCGUGUGGGCGCCAGGGCGUCCGCAGCCAGGCUGUGCGUUCACGCGCUCCAUCGGCGACCGCGCCGCCAAGCUCCUGGGCGUCGUCGCCGAGCCCGAGCUGAGGAGUCAUACGAUCACGAGAGCUGACAAGGUCUUCGUCCUCUGCAGCGACGGGAUUUCGAAGUACAUGACGGCGCGCGAUUGUUGCAGCAUGGCCCUGCAGCACGACGACCCAGUUGCCGCGUGCGCAUCAUUGGUGGCGGAGGCCCGCAGGCGGUGGCUGAGCCACGGGGACCGCGUUGACGACAUCACAGCACUUGUUUGCCUCGUCAGCCCACGUAGCAAGGGCGAGAAGCAGGACGCCCGUGCAGAGGAUGCGAUCUCGCAGCAGGCGGAGCAGAUAAGCUUGCGUUUGGCUGCUUGGGCGAUCUCCAUGGGGUUCGCGAGCGGGUUUCUAGGUGGCCUCUGCGGCAUCCGUGGGCCCCCCAUGAUCAUCUUCUUCCUGCACAUGGUGCUCCCGAAGGCCGUCCAGAAGGCGAACGGAGCUGCGAUCACUGUGGUCAACGUAUCGAUGCGUAUUUUUGGAUACGCAGUGGAUGUUGCGACAGGCAACAGCACAGCCGUGAUGGAGGAUUGGCCGCUCUACGCUUCCGUGGUGUUGAUUUCGCCUGUGGGUGUCGCCAUUGGCGGGCGACUCUUCGAUCGCACGAAAGAUUCCCAGGCGAAUAUCAAAACCAUACUCGCGAUGCUGCUGGUGUUAUGCGGCAUCAGCCUGCUCAUCACUGCCUUUGGAUGA